UUGCUCUCAAAACAUGCAAGGAAACUGCGUUGCUGGCUUGGCAGAGCAUGCACUCAUAUCAGUACGAGCUCGUACCACACUCCACAGCACUGACGCUGAUUCUAUCGGACAGAGGGCCGAACUGGGUCCAGAGAGAAAAAAUAUUGUCCUUCCUUGGAUGGAUUGAUCCGACUCUGAAGCUGUGCAGGCGAUAGGGCUGACAAUCGCAUCAUAAUGGUGAAGUAAAUCGUUCCAUUUUAACCGAGGAGGAUAGCGCCAAGGAGUUGAAAAUGCCUUUCUUCAGCAAGAAGCAAGACAAGGAGACGGAGGAGAGACUUGAGGCGCUGAUAGCUCGUCGUAAAGAGCGGAAAGCGUCGGCUCAAGACAUCAACUCUGCUCCACUAAAGCGUGUGUUCAGCUCCGAAGCACAGGCGUCCAAUGCCAACGCUAGUUGUACGACGUCCCCCACCUCCACCUCCACAGCCGCCAUCGCCGCUGCUUCACACGCUACAUGUGACCAGCGCACUCACUCCGUUGCCAGUGCUCCCAACUCAUCCCCGUCUCCUCGCAAGUUUAGCAUGGCCGAUAGUUGCAACAGCGCGUCCAGUAGCAAUGUAUCUCCCGUGGCUGCUCACUCGCGAUCAGACUCUAAGCUAGGUACGUCGCCGGAGUCCAUGUUGCCAGGGCAACAAUCCAAGCGAUGGUCCAUCUCUAAAGAGCGGAGCAGUGUCGUAUCCACGUCGUCAACUGAAACAUUACCUUCAGCCACCGCCUCAAGUAGUAAAGCUUGGUUUAAAUGGCCGCGACGAAGGGACAAGCAAGAUCCAGGCACUGUGGAAGAAGGAUGCGAGAUCACUGCAGGUGACUCAGCUGCGCUCACUGACGACAAUACGCUGGGUUCAGCGACAGGAGGAUUCUCUGCAGCUCGCGGGUCACUGCAGUAUUCAGCCACAGUGCCUACAGUGACAACGGCACACUCCUCGCGUCUCAACGUCUCUCUGAUGGAGAUCUUGUCGCAGAAUGCUGCACUGCCCUACUUUCUGCAGUACGCAGAGUCGGUUGGCUGCACUUCAAUGGUUCAGUUCUGGUUGGCAGUGGAAAGUUUUCGUGUCAGUUCACUGCAUCGUUUGGAGAAAUAUCGUGGCUCCUCCACCACCACCAGUGUUCCUGUGUCACGUACUUCCACGGUGUCUCAGGCUGAUACCAUUGCCAGCAGCAUCAUCAGCGUCACCAAGGUUACAUCGGGCGGCUCUGCGGUGCAUCGUAACCGUAGCAACUCGCCGAGCUCUGCCGAGCUGUCGCCGAGAUGUUACGCAUCGUCGCCUCCAACAACGGUGUCUGGUGGUCGAUUUCAUAGAGCCUCCUUGGCGCGCGGAGAUCCUGUUCUUGUGGUGGAGUCUAUUGAGGACGACGAUAAUCCCGCGCUUUGGGACUACGACGUGAGGAGCGACGGCAGUAAUGGUGGUGUGAUUGGUGCUGAGGGCAAGACUGCUACAGCUGACCAAUACAGCCAGAGGUUCCCGGCACAGCACCGCUCCGACAUGUUGGAGUUCAAGCAGGAGAUGUUGCCAAGACUGCAAAGUCUAAGUGUACAGCGUGAUGCCCUAGCUAUCUACAAACAGUAUGUUAGCAUGCAAGCCAAGGUGCCCAUCAACAUACCCAUUGAAGUACGACAAGACAUUGAGCUAGGUAUCUGUCAAGAAGAUGGUUUUGUGUCACCGGAGGUAUUCACGGCUGCACAGCACACCGUAUUGCAGCUUCUCGAUCAGCACUAUUACCAUCCGUUUUUGAAGAGUCAUUUCUACUGCAAGUUUGUCAUCGAGAUCCUGACAAGUACCACACUACGCAUGUCAGACAUAAUGCUGGGUCAUAUAUCUGCUAUGGUCUUCACUGAGUUCAUUGAACAAGAAGGUGCUCUUACCCUAUUUCACUUCUGGACCCUGGCUAACAGUUUUCAGCUGGACUUGAAAGAUCAGAUUGCCAGUGGGACAUACGUAGGUUCACGUGCACUCAACGACGCCAUGGCCAUCUAUGAACGGUAUUUCUCGCUACAAGCCACGUCCCCGCUGCACCUUGGUGACGAAGUGCGUGUUGCCGUGGAGAUGAGUAUUUGCUGCGAAAACCAGGAUGGGCCACAAGCAGAUUGUUUCGCACUGCCUAUGUACCAUGUGUACUCCACUCUAGAACAGGACUAUUUACCCUUGUUCCUGACUUCUGGCCUCUACUUCAACUUCCUCUCCAAACUUGUCAACUCGGUUAGCGAGCAUCGACGGGCCGACCAGCAAACCCUUUCCGGGCAACAUCACCACCAGCAUCAAAACCAUCACCAUCACCAUUCCUUGCUGUCAGCUGACGGUCAGCAUUCGCAUGGCAGUCCAAGUUCUGAAAGACGCGAGUACACCACGCAGAGAAGUGCACACGAGUCGCUAAGCGCUGAGAAUGUGCUGAGCCAUUUCACCGAAGCGGCCAUGGGCAUCGAUUGUGGAGAAGAUCCUGAUGCUUUGUGGAGACGGCCUAAACA